AAGAUUCAACUCCAUUGGACAAAAAACACGCAUCCUUCGUCUUCGCGCUAAAAAAAAGCCAACACAUUCAACCAAUCUUCUCUUUCCUUUUCCUUUUCCUUUCUCUUCCCAACCAAAAAUUCUCUUUCCGAAUUCUAACUAAAAAAAUAAUAAAAUCCAAAUCCUUCAAAAUCUAACAGAAAAACAACACCUCAACACUCGCUUUCACGCGCCGCCAUCAUGGAACAACCGAAGCCGGAAACGAACACCGAAACUCCCAACCCGAACGGAGACGCCGCCGCAGCAAAGGGAGCCGGAUCCGGAUCUGGAUCGGAACCGCUAGGCACGGAACCAUCGCCCGGUAGCAUGAAGAAAUCGGUACAUUGGAGUCCUGAAUUGGUUACGGAAUCAACGUUCACAUCUUCUCCUCAUGAACACCGUUCGAAUACGUAUUUCAAUUCUUCUCCUUCUUUCUCUCAACCUCCUCCUCAAUUCAACGUUAUGGAGACGGUGGUGACUGUUCGUAAUGUGCUGGGAAGAUGGAGCAGGAAGGUGGGAGAGGCAACUAAGAAGGCUGAGACUCUCGCUGGAAAUACUUGGCAACAUUUGAAAACAAGCCCUAGCAUGGCUGAAGCUGCUAUGGGAAGAAUUGCGCAGGGAACAAAGGUCCUGGCAGAAGGUGGAUAUGAGAAGAUAUUCCUAAGUACAUUUGACACUGUUCCAGAAGAACGGCUUCAGAACUCUUUUGCAUGUUAUCUAUCUACGUCAGCUGGUCCAGUAAUGGGAGUUUUGUAUAUAUCCACAGCAAAGAUUGCAUAUUCUAGUGACAGUCCUAUUUCCUACAAAAAUGAGGACAAAACAGAAUGGAGUUAUUAUAAGGUAGUCAUUCCACUGCAUGAGCUAAAAGCAGUGAAUCCUUCAUCUAAUACAGCCAAUCCUGCUGAAAAGUACAUCCAAGUGAUCUCUGUCGACAAUCAUGAAUUUUGGUUUAUGGGCUUCUUGAACUAUGAUAACGCUGUGGGCUUCCUGCAAGAUGCACUUCAAGCAGGCAAAGUAAUACAGUCAGAAGCAUAGUCUGUUUAUACGUUCUAGUUUCAAACCAGCAAAUAUAUGUCACGCCUUUACACUAUAGGCUUGGAAUUGUUGAUAAACCAGCUAAUUUUUGGCAUUUUUGUUGAUAUGAAUUUACUGUAGGAUUCAUACCUUGGACCAUUUAUGGAGUUCGAUCGGAAUAGUUAGAAAAGUGGUCUGUGGACAUUCUUGCAUGAUAUGUAACAAAACUUGUUAGCAAUUAUAGUUGGUGAACUAUGUUUUAUUUCCUCCGUUGAGAGGUUCAUAACUCAUAUUUUGGAUUAGUUUCCUAUUACGGGAAUCAUUUUCUAUCGAAAUUUUUAGAUAGGGUUUCACGCCAGGUUCACAACAAGGAUAAA